GUUAUGUUCUGGGACGGGUUGUAGCUACUGGUAACGGCAUCUCCUACGAAAUCCGUGACAAUGGUGGAGAAUUUUUUGCAGUUGACCCAAUAAAUGGCACUGUAACCUUAAAGAAGUUACUAGACUUUGAAACGGAAAUUGAAAUCAAGUCAAUUGUUUAUGUUACGGAUGCAAAUGGUCAGUCUGCUAGCCGUGACUGCAAAGUCUUUGUGAUUGAUGUCAAUGACAAUGCACCAGUUUUUACAGACACUGCUAUUUUUCGUACCAUAUCAGAGGAUGAGAGACCUGGCUUUGUUGUGACCCUGAUUUCAGUUACUGAUUUAGAUACUGUCAAUUUGCAGCUUCAGGUUAAUUGUGGAGGAAACACCACCUUGUUUCAAGAUGCUUGUGACACGUUUCGUUUGGUGGUGGCAGACAGGACCAACAAAUAUUGGAAUGGCAGCUUGGUUUUAAACAAAGCCCUUGAUUUUGAAACCAGGAAUGCUUACAAUAUUAGGCUGAUUGCCUUUGAUGGCAGAUUUUAUGUGUCUAUUGAAGUCCAUGUAGAAAUUCAGGAUGUCAACGAUGCUCCACCAAAAUGGUCUUACGUAGGCCCAAAAAGCAUUUACGAAGAAGAUCCAGUUAGCACACCAUAUCAGGCAGUCAAAGCUAUUGAUGGGGAUUUAACAAACCCGAGGGAAAUUCGUUAUGAAAUGUGUACAGCUGUCAAUGAGUUUCAAGUGGACAACAUAUCUGGCGUUAUAUCCAAUGCUAAACGGCUGGAUUAUGAUGGAACUGAGCAUGAGAGAGGUGUACCUUAUGACAUCUGUAUUAGGGCUAGAGAAGUGAUCAACAUUGUAACAGGGCAGAUGGGAAAUGACUCAACAAACACAGCCACAAUCUCAGUCAGAUUCUUUGUAGAGGACAUCAACGACAAUGGGCCCAAGUUUUCAGAGAAACAGUACAUUGCUUAUGUUGAGGAAAACAUUGCCCGGGGCUCCAACAUCCCUGGCCUACAGAUGACAGUCACUGAUAUUGAUUCUGGGACUUACAAUUCCUUCGAUCUCAGAAUCGUGAACAGUACCAAUGUGUUUGGAAUCAUACCUUCCUCCGAUGCGGCCUCAUCCAGUGCUACUAUUUUCGUCAUUGGUGCAAUUGACUAUGAGACAGGUCCUAAACAGUACAUUUUUGAAGUACUUGCCAUUCAGAACUUCAUUAGCUCAACCAAUCCAAAAGAACCCACAGGUACAGCAACAGUUACAGUGUAUGUCCUAGAUAAAAAUGAUGAAACCCCAGUGUUUGACCGUACUUCAUACAACGAGACAGUUAGAGAGACAGCUAUUCCUGGUACUUUUAUCACAACUAUACGUGCAACAGAUAGAGAAGAGGGACUGUAUGGUACAGCUGGGAUACGCUACAGGCUCUAUGGAGAUAAUACACCCCCACAUUUCCAGAUCAACGAAGUGACAGGAGUUGUCUCAGUGGCACCUUGCAAUGCACCAAACCAGCCUGGCACUGCUCCGUGCAUUGACUAUGAGCGGAAGAGAAAUUAUACUCUAACAGCCUCCGCCACGGACAACCUGGGUGGGUCCGAAAGCAGGACACGAUCGGUGCAGCUCUUCAUCAAUGUGUUGGAUGAUAAUGAUAAUGAUCCUAAAAUUGACAGCAUUUAUGUCCGAUACAUCAACGAAGAUCAAAUGGUUACAAUUAAUCCAUUGCUGAUCGAACCGGUGGAUCCAGACACAGUGGGUGGGCCUUUAACUUUCACCAUCAGAGGAGAUCAGAGUGGUCUCUGGCAGGUUACGCCCAUGAAUGACAGCUCUGGCAGGCAGUAUGGGAAUCUCACAGCCAUCAGACCCAUCAAGUACAGAGACGCACAGUAUCCGAGUGGAGAGUUCAACUUCGCUGUGAUUGUGGAAGAACAGCAGCAUGCUGCAACAGCAUAUGUGAAAAUCAUUGUCCUGGAUAUCAAUGACAACCGCCCACAGUUUAUCCCAAACAAUUAUGAUAUAACUAUAAUUGAGACAACUAAAGGAGAUGUCUUUGUCACGAAAGUCACAGUUUCCGAUGCUGAUGCUCCCACGACAGGUAAUGGGGUCGUUGAUAUAUACAUUCAGAGCGGGGCCCAAGGCAAGUUCACCAUCACCAAUGUGACGCUCAUUGGGAAUGAGUAUGUGGCAGAUGUCUACACCACCAGGGAUGCCACGUUUAAUUAUGAGAUCCAGAACAUCUAUGUCAUGGGUUUGAUUGCGCGUGAUCGAGGUUCACCAAAUUCCCUGUCUGGGACAGCUAACGUGACAGUCAGAAUCAUUGAUGACAAUGACAAGAAUCCCCGCAUUCAACCGUCAUUUCAGUCUGUCAGUGUAUAUGAAAAUGAGCCUGUGGGUAGAUCUAUCUACCAGGUGAGAGCCACUGAUCCAGACGUGAACAACGCACUAGCAUACUAUUUUACGGCAAAGGAAGCCACAGAUGGAUCGGGAGACAACGUCAGCGUAACAAAGUAUGACUUCACUAAACUGUUCAGGAUAGAGGAGAACACUGGUAAUGUCAUUGUCAAUGCACCAUUAGAUCGGGACAACGCAUCUCGUAUCACAUAUGAUCUCAAGGUGGUAGACAUUAAUGCUAACCCAAUGCAAACUGGAUAUGGUACCUUACUCAUCCAUGUACUGGAAUUCAAUGACCAGGCACCCGGUUUUGAUUUCUACCCUGCUUAUGAAAUAACUAUUGAGGAAGAGUUGAACAUUAACUCUUAUGUGCAAAACCUGAACUGUAGAGAUGUUGAUGACACUAUAGCAGGAUACACAAUAACGCAGGACAAUCCCCGCACACCCUUGUACUUCUCCCUCCUGCCUGGGUCAGGAGCAAUGAUUGUCAGUGAUCGCAUUGACUUUGAAAAGAUUGAACAGAUAGAACUCACAGCCACGUGCACAGAUUCUGGACAACCUCCACUGUCCAACACCACUAGAGUCAUUGUGCACAUAACAAACAUCAAUGACAACUCUCCAAUCUUCUCACAGACAUUGUAUCUGGUAACAGUCCGUGAAAACACAAAUGGAAGUACUCUUAAUGUUACAGUGACUGCUAGAGAUCUAGACAAGGGGGAUUAUGGUGUUGUCAGAUAUAAGCUGAAUGAUCCCUAUAGAUUCUUUUCUAUUGAUGAGAUCACGGGCGUUAUCACCAUAUUUCCAAAUGCCACAUUUGAUCGUGAGAAGGCUGGAUUUCUAACAUUCCAAGUUAUUGCCUAUGAUAGCCCAUUGAAUGAAACAGUUCGUAGAAAUAACACAGCACAAAUCUAUGUUAACAUUGAAGAUGUCAACGACAACUGUCCCGUUUUCAGGCAGCCCUUCUUUGUGGGCAGAGUGCCUGAGAGUGCUGAUAUAGACACAGAUAUCUUAGACAUCAUUGCCACUGACGCUGAUGAAGGCUUAAAUGGGCAGCUGGUGUUCACUGUUAAAAAUGGCAGUGGGGUCCCCGCAGAGGCGGAGAAUUACUUUGCCAUAGGUCUAGACAGUGGCCGGGUGUUUGUCAAAGCAAACAUAAAAGACCAUAUUGGAUUCUAUAACCUAACUAUCAUAGCAACAGACAUGAGAGGGAUGUCUCCUGGUGAGCAGUGCUCUAGGGAAGUCCCCAUUCAGAUCGAGAUCCAGCAGUCAAACAAUCAUGCCCCACAAUGGAUCAGACCUCCAAACAGGGAUUAUGUCAUUUAUGUCUUGGAG